AUGGCGUAUCAUCCUCACGGCGGCGGCGGUGGCGGCGGCAGUGGACCCUCAUCUUCAUCUUCAUUCGCAAUGCCGUUUUCUCAGGGCAGAUCUCGUAACUCGCCUCAGCCAUCUUCAUCCACGACCCGCGGGCAUGGAGGAAUGCCUGAUUUUGGCCAUUUCCAGCCAAGCCCAAUGCUUGGGCUGCAGGAUGGCCAAUUUGAUAUUUUUGAAUGGUACCCACAGUUCCAAUCCUGUCUGAGGUACUUUUUGGAUCACGCACAAUUCAGCGGUCCCGUACAAGCCGUGGCCGCCUUUGUGAAUAUACAGUUGCCCUAUCAGCGUUCUCAUCACCUCGCGCUGUCAUCAAGAUCAGGAAGCUCUCCUUCGGCGAUACCAUCGCCCUCACCGCGGGCUGGUGGGACAAUACCACUGUCGAGUUCCUCGGGCAGCCUUGCAACUUUGACCCCGUACAUCCGACGUCUUGUGGCAACUGGGUUUGAUUUUCCGGGAGUGCUCCAUGGGUUUUUCGGGGAUGAUUGGGUGGCAGGAGUAGGUCAAAUGCACGAGGUCGAGCGCCGGAACUAUCUUUUUGCAGCAAAGAGUGCGUGCUGGCUUGACGUCAAGCGUCACUACGAUGAGGGCGAGGGACAAACUGUCCCCUUUCUCCGGCCGUUGCAGCAUUCGACAGAGGAGGAGAUUGCCAACGCUGAUUCGCACUGGAGUGAGUGGUUAGCCAUGCAGGACUGGCUUAUAGGGCCAAGAUCACUGGACAACCUUGAAGGAUCGGGCACCAGCAACUCGCCGCCGCGUUUUAAGCGGGAACCCCCAGACGACAGGCAUGGUCGCUACCAUGUUGUUGACUAA